GUACAAGCGUUUACUACCGCCGUAGUGAAGUAGUUCAUAGUAGGGGAACGCAAACCCGCAACGCAGUAGGCAGGCGCACGUUGAAAGUCGACGAAAACCCCCCCAACCGAAAAUCGACGAUCCCCGGUGUGCUGAUGUGUGUGGAACGAUCGCGCGCGCGCGCACGGUUCGAUCGAUCAUCGCUCGGUUUCGUACCGAAAAACCCAAACCAUUCCGCUGCUGUGAACGCGUGAGGUGCGUUCGGUCGUGUGUUUUGCACUGCUUCCUUGUGUCCUGGCGCGUGGCGAGUUUUUUCUGGCGAACGUUCCUGGGUGCACCGAGCUCCCUUUAAUCGAAAGGGUCACAAAGCGGCUUUUACCGGAAGAAAAGCACCGUGUCUAUUUUUGGGUUUCUUUGGUUAUUGUGCGAAGUCUAUCUAUUUUCUUAAAAGUGUUCCUUUAAAAAAAAAUAGUUCAUUCUUAGUGGCCCUACGGCUUGUGUGUUCAUACUAGUGGCAAUGAAAAGCGCUGUGCGCUAAGUGUUUAAAAAGAAAGCAAAAAAAGUGCGUAGAGUACAUCUUGAAAUCUUUUUGUACGACAAAAGAUCUCAAAGUUUCGUUGUUCUCUUAGGAAGUGUGCAUCUCGCUCGGUAGUUUGUAGUGAUUUGGUGCUCCACAGUUUGAUACGCGAUAGCGCUUUGCAGUGUGCGAGCGUCGGAGUAGCAGAAUAGCGUCGGGAGGCUCGAAAGUCGCAAGCGCCGCUUAUCGAGAGCGUCAUAUCGUUCUGCUGUGUUAGGCGGGCAAAGUAACACUCUACGCGAUCAAGAUGGUGAUGUCGCUGUACCGGACUAUUAAGGGCCACACGGGCACGUACAAGCGUAGGAAGAACCGCGAACUGGAGCGAAGCUUGGGAUCCCUAGAGGCCACACUGCCGCGUGAAAUGGUGUCACGACGCAAAAUACUGUCCCGCUCGCGGGACGACCUCAACCUGGACCAGUCCUACAUCACACAGGAGGAGGAGGAGGACGUUUGGUAUCAGAAGGAGAAGCUCUACAAGGAACAUAUUCAGGAAGUGCUGGACAAAUGGACACAGAUCGACGACGAGAUCUGGGCCAAAGUGAUCGUCUUCGAGCGAAACCGGCGUGUGGCCAAAGCGUACGCCCGUGCACCGGUUCUGACGAUUAACGGCUCCGAUGAUGGAUUCGAUGGCAUGAGGAUUGGCCUUUGCGGAUUUGACAACCCGAUGCGCGAUCACAAAACCGAAGAAGUCAAGCGACAUGUCGGACAGGGCGUCAAGAUCAAGAUGGACGACGCGGGCAACAUUCUCAUCAGACGCUACUCAAAGAGCAACGUGUACGUGAAGAGCACGGCCAACCAGCCGAACGAGGAGACGGCCAUCGGGGCGGACAUUCUGAAGCUGCCCGGCCAAGCUAUCGAGAGUGAAAAGAUUGUAAAGCUGUUCGACAUGAAGAAGUUCCAGUCGAACGUGAACCGUGAGCUGCGCCGUGCCUAUCCGGAUCGCAGACGGCUCGAGACGCAGUGCCUGUCGGCGAUCGCGUUCGUCAAGUCGGAGAACGACAUCCUCGAUUGCCCGAUGUGGGUACUGAUCAUCAAUGUGGUUGCAAUGGAUAUGCUGAAGAGUAAACUACCUCCCGCCUUUUUCCUUCCUCCCGCCCGACUACCCACCUCGAUCUACGGUGCAGUCCAACGUCCGGUUGACAUUAAGAACCGUCCAAGAAUUCCGAUCCCGGACGAAGAUCCGUACAGUGUGGCCGGCAACGGUGGCGGCAGCUCCGGUAGCUCCGGUUUCGGGGCCAGCGGGUCCGGCCUGGUUGCGGCGAGCCGGGAGCAUCUGAUGCAGCCGGCGCAACCGAUGGGCGGCCAGCGGCGCAGCGAGAAACCGCCGAAACUACCUCCACGUGACAAUCUGUACGCAACGCAUGAAAUUGGCAAGCCGGAUUAUGAUGACAUCGAGGAUGAGAAUCGCGUCAAGCUUCCGCGAGGCAAAUCAGACAAGGGCAAAGACAACAAGAAGUAUGAUGAUCCGUACUACUGCGGACUGCGGGCUCGAGUGCCAAACUUUGUCAAAUCGUCGUCCAAAUCGUCGAAGGAGAACAACAACAACGGACCGAAUGCGGCCGUCGGUGUCGGUGGCAGCAAGGAAACGGUCGCCUCGAAGCGGCUGUCGAUCGCACAUAUGCAGCAUCCGGCCUCGCUGCAGUCACUGCACCAGCUGCACCAGAUGCAUCCCCAUCACAACCUGAUGGCCGCCCACCAGCACCAUCAGCAGCUGAUGUGGCACGCCCGAAGCUACGAGAGUGGAAUCGAUACGGACGUGGUCGAGUCACCCUAUAGUCACAUGUACGGCCGUGUACCGCUGCCAACACGCGGCUACAUACCGGCACCGAGGGCCAUGUACAUCGGCGAAUGGGACUAAAAGUGUGAGAGAGAGAGCGGUCGUGGCCGGGGCCAAAGCCAAUCCGUACCCGCCCCCCAUACUCUCUUUUAUAGUACAGGCUUAAGGAAAUUUGCAGCAGGGAGAUCCGGAGUGCGAGUUUGUUGAGGAGAUAGGCCCCAACCGGAGCAACAACGCGACAACCCCCGACACUCGUGUUCUAAUCUCUCUCUCUCUCGUACCCAUCGCAUUACUUCGCAAAAGGGACAGCACACAAUCAACAACCGAACAAGCGACAGACAGCGGAGAGAAAGCGGAGAGAAGCACUGAACAGCGUGCUGGUUUGGGUGUGGCUGUGGCAAACCCCACAUUCGGAGUACUGCCUGGUUUCACUUCUUUUAACUAAUAUUCUAGAUUAUUAUUAAUAUUAUUAUGAGUAUUUAGUAAUCCGUUUUGGGGACGAACGGGGCUCAUAGGGUGAACGGUACGGUCGGGUGCACAACACCACCUUCCCAACCCUUCCCGCAUGUCUCGCUACGGUGUCUAGCAAUUAGGCAAAUUUGUACAUAAUGCAUCGCGUAACCCUCUUCCCCGAUUUGAUUGAACCUCCUCUCCAGCCCAGCGCAGAGCGAACGCUACGAAAGCAAUACUGAUGGAAUAUGCGAAAUCUGCACUGGGGAAGUGAUGUUGUACCGAGAUUCGCUUCUACUGCUGCUCCACAACCACAAGCCGACGGGAAUAAGCUCUAUUUCGAUGCUCUUUCUUAAUUCCCACCCCACUGUAAUCUGAAAUCCUGUGUGAAUCGGUGGAAAAUUAACGUAAAAGUUAUGAAAGAGGAGAACUGAGUGCGAUCGAACAGGACGGACACCUGUGCUGAUCAUUACUAUUACUGCCGAGUAAAAGCUACUAAAUGCUGCCAAAUGAAUCUGACAGCUGUCAUCAUCAUUUCCACACUAAGAGAGACUAUCCCUAUCGACUGAUCGUUCAGUUGUUGCUCACAUUGACUGAUCACUCUACUAGAAUACAUUCACCUCAGAACUAAGGAUCGCCCGGUUCUUACCAAACACUGCCAGCAAUAGUAUCUCAACCGAAUCGCAUCUCAACCCCUACACCAAGCUCAUAGUUUAUACUGACUCUCGUACUGUCCACACCAAGGGGGGGAAUGAAAGAGGCAUGGAAAUAAACGGCCGACAAUCGCGAUCGCGUGUUAUAGGCUUGUCGGCACUCUAGGAAUAGUUUUCAGUCAUAGCAGGUACUCCUUGUCUUAAGCGUACGUACGUACUACUACUGUUGUCUUCUAAAUCUUCCUGUAAAUAUGAGACAUUUGAAAAAGGGAAAAUUAAACGAUUAUUCUUGACUUGAUGUGUCGAGCACAUCUAUUCGUACGGAGGUAAAACAUUUAGGCCCCCUCUUUAGGUAUUUUCGCUCCCACAAGCGCUAGUGUGUAAUUCAAGCUACUUUCGGUGUAUAAGUUUUAACGUUUCCAAACACAGAUACAGUCCACGGCACUGUCACAGUCCCACAAGCUGGCAUGCUGGUUCUUUGAGCCACUGAUUGGCCACUCAUUUUAAACUUUCUUCCUCCCCAACCCCCCACCCCUUCCCGCUUUGCUAUCAUCUACUGAAUGCGCGCUGAAAGUGAAUCCACUACGCCGCAAGUCAAACACGUAUGCGCAAUAAUUAUAGAAAUAAGUAAGUGGCAAGUAAGUCUCCAUUCGACAUUGCAAGCGGAUGGAUAUGCGGCAAGAUUGUAAGAGAAGUUCGUUUAAUUUGAUGUACACUAACUCACGCACGCCAACAAAUGAUGAUAUAAUACUCAAAUACGCGACCGCGCUCUUUUAACGUACGAUUCUGACCCAUAUAGUGGCCCCCAAACCGCCCCCUGGCGGUGAGAAACGGGAAAGUAGUAGGAGGAAGUUGUUUAAAAUGUUUCCACGUCGUGACGACGUGCCCGACGGCAGCUCGUCUUUAUCAACGGGCAGCUAGUUGCAAGCUAGUGAGCCUAGAGAGCAUCAUAUAGGAAGCACCACUGCAAUGGCUAUAAACAACGGCAAUCCAGCACUUAUUGUACAUUGUCUACUAGUGGAAACGUACACGGGCGAGCGAUAAACUUAGAGAUGAAUCCUUAAACCGGAGUGGAAGGAGACACCGCAGCACGCGUCCGAAGGGCGGUACGGUAUCACCUUCCGCUCGACAACCUAACCUUUACUUAUAGGAAGUGAUUAGCGUAAUAUUGAUAGAUUGAUACUAUAUGCAGCAGCAGUAAAGUGGUGACCCACGAGAGCGAAGCGAAUGAGAGAAUGAUCGUCCUCGUGCACUUUGAAGCAAAACAUUAAACACGAUCACACCGCACCGAAGUGUGGCAUUGAAAGGGCUUGAUCCCCGUCCCCGUUGGGCUAAGAGGAACCUAAUAUAGAACGUAGCAAGGUGUAUUCAUACGCGCAUAUCUUUACCGCUCUCGUACUGGAACUGGAAGAGAAGUCUAAUCCUGUUUUUUUUAAUCCGAUAAGCGAAUACACGUUAGAAAUGAACACAUACACACGCAAAAAAUACACCUGGUGAAAGGGCUCGGUUAAGCAAAAAAAAAAACACGUUCGAUAGAAGCGACAACAAAGGAAGGUAGCGCCCCAUUCCCCAGCACACUCUCGAAGGCAAUCGGGGCCCACUAAGAGGACUACUUAUGGGGAACGCGCGUUGCUAGUAGUAGUAGCAGCAGUAGAUGUAACAACGAUGAUUGUAUUCGAAGAUAUUUUAAAAACCCAAACCCCAUAAUUGUCAACAUGGGACAAGCGAAAUAGUGGACCGGAAGCCGCGACUCCGAUGCUUAGACAGCUCACUGCUUAUUAGCACGCUACGUGUAGUAAUCUUUAGGGCAGCAUCCGAGGGGUUUGAUCGAGCUAUACGAGCACGCGAAAGGAAAGCCGUUUUGGGAAAGGAGGUCCAUAAGCAUGAGCUAAGCAAAUAUUAGUUAUUUUUCCUAUUCCAUCUUUUGCUCCUUCUCUUGUCCUGUCUAAAUAUUCUGGAUUUUUGAAAUAAAAUACUAUUCUUAUAAUCGAUA